AGUGUUUGGCCGACCGGAUGCUUGGACCUAACCCCGCCCACAGCAAUCGGUCUACAGAGAAAGAUGGCGACGCAGAUGGACCAUGGUGUUCCGUUAAGCACGCUUUCGCCCAAGUUUCUGCACAGCAACUCCACCAGCCACACCUGGCCCUUCAGCGCUAUAGCUGAACUGAUUGACAAUGCCUACGACCCAGACGUCAGUGCCAAACAGUUCUGGAUUGAUAAAACUGUGGUCAAAGGAGAAGAAUGCCUCAGCUUCAUGGAUAAUGGAAAUGGGCUGGACAACAAAACAAUGCAUAAGAUGCUCAGCUUCGGAUACAGUGACAAGAUGCCCCUGAACGGUAAAGAUCCAAUUGGAAUCUAUGGCAAUGGCUUCAAGUCUGGCUCCAUGCGUCUUGGCAAAGAUGCUAUUGUCUUCUCCAAGUCGAAGAGGAGCUUAUGCGUGGGGAUGCUCUCCCAGACCUACCUGGAAAAGAUUGGUGCAGAUCAAAUAAUUGUACCUAUUGUUUCCUUUGAAGAGAGCGACUCAAAGAACUUCUGUGUAAGAGAGGACCAGAAAUCCAGUCUACAGGCCAUUCUGCAGUAUUCCCCUUUCAGCACACAAGAAGAGCUACUCUCAGAGAUUCAUGCAAUUAGUUUGCCGGGAUCCACGUCAAAAACUGGCACACGGAUCAUCAUCUGGAACCUCCGCAGGACAUCUACUGGAACAGAGUUUGAUUUUGAGAAGGAUCGGUACGACAUCCGAAUUCCAUCUGAGGUUUACAGUGCAGAGAAUGACACUAAUCAGCGUCCAGACAAGAUCACGUCACACAUCCCUGAGAGCAUGUACUCGCUUCGGGCAUUUUCCAGCAUUCUGUACCUGAAGCCUCGAAUGCAGAUCAUAGUUCGGGGUCAAAAGGUGAAAUCUCAGCUCAUCGCCAAGAGCCUGGCCUGGAUCAGAAAGGAUCACUAUAAGCCUACUUUCCUGACCCGAAGAAUUCCUAUUACUUUUGGGUAUAACACCAAAAGCAAAGAGCAGUGUGGCAUAAUGAUGUAUCACAAGAACCGGCUCAUUAAAGCUUACGAACGUGUCGGCUGUCAGCUUAAGGCCAACAACAAUGGUGUUGGAGUCAUUGGGGUCAUAGAAUGUAACUUUUUGGAUCCCACUCACAACAAACAGAGUUUUAUGGAGAAUGACAAGUACAGGAAAACCAUGAAUAAUUUGGGGAUUAAAUUGGAGGAGUACUGGAAAGAGAUACGCUACAGAAAGACGAAAGAAAAUCCAAAUAGCACCAUACUACCAGAAGAUAUCAAGAAGCGACCAGAUCAAAACUGGGCGCAGUGUGAUAGCUGUCUGCAGUGGCGUAAACUUCCUGAUGGCAUUGACAUCAACAAGCUGCCAGAUAAAUGGUUCUGCCAAAUGAACCCUGAUCCUCAGUUCAGGAGCUGCCAGGUAGCCGAGGAACCAGAAGACUCUGAUGAUGAUCAGCCUUCGUAUCGCAAGACCUACAAACAGCAGGAGAGAGAGGAAAAGAAACAGGAAAAGGAAAGACAGAAGAUUGUCCACCAAUCCCCUUCCACUCCCACUACUUUGAGGAGCUGUUCAUUACAAGAGGGCGCUCCAAGGCCUGAAUCCUCACCGCUGACGUCUUCCACCAUUUCUCAAGCUGCCUACAGCCCUUCUUGUAAUGAUGGUUUUCCAGUUAUUACUAGCGUAUGCUCAUUGUCAGCAGCCUUACUGUCAGCAGGUGCAUUGUCAACCCCGAGAGUAAAAAGGAAACUGCCUGUUACUCCACAGAACACACCAAAAAGAUCUCGGAUAAAUGGCUUCCAUAGGAGCACCUCGGAAACAGCCCCAUCAGUAGAUGUGACCCCACUGAGCUCUCCUUCUGUGAAUGUUGAUAGUAAUAAUGAUGAUACCGACGAUGAAAUUGUCAUCUUGGAGACUGCUAGCACCCCCAAGCCAAAACAGAACCUCUACGAUUUAAAUAAAGUGAAGAAAGAGGAAGAGCAAAGUGACAAUAAUGUCAGCAUGCUGUUGGAGUGUAGCGAUGAUGCUGCUGUGGAUGUCCCCUCAGACACGAAUGCUGCAGGAGCAGGCUCUGCAGGGUCUGCAGCUGUGGAAACCAGUUCCUCCCCAGCGCCCCUUCCACAGCUGUCAAGCGCCACUACCCAGACAGAAGCACCUAUGGUGAAGCAAGAAGGCGAGGACCAAAAGCAAGAUGAUAUUAAUAAGGGUGGUAAAGAACAGACCUCGAAUAUGGAUAACUGCAACGUUCAGCAAAGAAAAUUUAAGCAGGAGAGCAGUGGAGACGGUCAUAGUGAACAUCAGGGACAGCAGACCUUGCAGAAUGGCGUGAACCAUGAUCUAGAAAGGGAAGGAAGUCCUAGACCUUCCUGUUCGAAUAUCGGUGACAACGAAUAUAGUCCACUUACCUACCCCAAUAUCUCUGAGGUACAGCAACAACAAGACCAGCUGCUUGAGCUCAUGCAGGAGACCGCUCAGGAGAGAGACUCUUUAAAAGAACAGGUCCAGAAACUUACCUCACAAGUGAAAGACCUGGAGAAAAAACUGAAGGAGAUGGCACCGGUCAGCGUAAAGAAGGAGUGUUGUCACCAAGCCAGCCAGACAGAAGAAACAAGAGGGCAGAAGGACUACAAAAGUCUGUUCGAGAAGGCCAAACAGAAAGUCAGUGAACUGAUUAAAGAGAAGGAGGCUUUAAUAGCAGCAUCUGAUACCAAGGCCAAUCUGAGUGCUGACAAAAAUGUGGAAAAUGACGAUGAGAUUGCGCUGCAAGUUGACGCUCUAGUCCGGGAACUGGAUCAAAGAACGAAGGAGACAAAAGAGCUGCGCUCACGGCUGGACCUUGUGGAGGAGCACAAGGCAAACCUGGCAGCCCAGUGCGAAGAGCUCCAGUUAAGCUUAGAGCACCAAAGGGAAAAAGCACAAAGUCUUCCAACAACCAGUGAAUCUUCAAUUCAGACACAUCCAGAGGAGGAAGGAGGGGCAGCUGUUUCUGGCACAUAUUCAACCUCAGAUGCAUACAGAAGUUUGGUAGAGCUUCGGCAGAACGUCGGGCGCCUUCUUCUCCCCCACGUGCCUGCGCUGGACCUGGCACAAGUGAAUUUCGAGUGCAAUGUAAUUGAUGAGAUCCUAGACCAGUUUCUCUCUAAUAACAAUUCUGACACAACAAAUGAUUAAACGAAAGUCGUCACAUCCUGGAUUUAACUAGCGCUCCACCUGUAAAUGUUUCAUAAGGAGACCCGUGAGUGGGAUAUUAACUUAAUUUAAGGUAUGUUACAGAUGCUUACGGAUUUUUAUUUUUAGGUUACUUUAACUAGCUUUUUGGGUUUUUUAUGAAACAGAAAGCAAAAGCAGCUGUAGAUAUUAAUUGCCCCCAAGUUUCUCAAGAAAAUCAAGGAAGUAGCAGUUUGUUCGUAGUCUUGCCAGCUAUUAAUACUUGUGUUUGAUUUUUCUCUUGUUUUUGUUUUAAAUAAUAUGUUGCACAUUUUGUAUUAUCAUGUCUUACCAAAUAUAUUUUUAUAUUGCCUAUUUAUAUUUGUUGAUUACUGCUCUGCGGCGAGGUGUGGUUUGUGGCUUAGCUGCAGGGGAGGGGUGGCCGGCACAGCUCAGGUCCAUUACGGUAACCAUGACUUCCCUAUUUAAGUAACUGUCCGGUCCCAAAAGAGGGGUGGGAGGUUUGGAGAGGAGAGCAAAGCGCACAGCCAUACAGCUGUAUAUAUGUGUGUGUGUGUGGCUGUGUAGGAGCAAAAUAAAAAUGAGUUUGUCAAAACAACCUGCAAAAGCAUCAGGUCCUUAUGUCAUAAGCUCUAUAAGACUUUGGUAGUCUUCUCAAAAUCACAACACAAGUCUGCCAGAGAAGUCUGUCAUCACAAACUUGGGCACGUUGAUAUUAAAUAGAACAGACAUUUGUCAUCAGAGUAAGCGGUUUCAUUAUAAUAAUGAGGUGUGUGAUGUGGGGCACAAGGAGCAAGGUCUUCAGAUUUGGUUGAUUGUUUCAAACUCAAAUGUUUUGGCAGCGUAGGUGGCAAAACAUUUGACACCCUGGUUUUACAUUUCACUUUUGGGCAAUAAUUCAAGUUUCAUUUGGUAAAGAGCUCAGUCUGACCAGUCUGAAUAUACUGAUGAGUUAAACUGGAUCAUUUUGUUUUAAAAACUAUUUCAAAAUAUUUUUUGAAGCGACUCUCAGGUGAUGAAAUAACCAGCGUGGGAGUUGCAUUUCCAUUUUCCAUGACAUUUUACAGAAAAAAAAGAAGAAAAGCAUCAACCACACGGUUUUACAUGUUGUACUUUAACCUGCACAUCACAGGCUUGAAAACAAUGGGUUUUUUUCUAAAAUGUACUCGAUUUUCAACUUUAAGACUCGGGAUUGAACUAAAAUCAUCAUUGCAAAACUCUUAGCGGUUUAAUUUUCUUUAAGUUAACUUGACUUAAAUGUUUCACAGUUGCAGUGCACUGCUGAUAACUCUGAUAUUUAAAAAUUAAAUAUUCUGUCAAUAACAACCGCAGUUAUAAAAGUUUGUUCUACCUAUUUUUUAAUAAAUAAUUUUAAAUAAU